AUGGAGGGAUUAAUUCCAUUUGUGUACAAAGCAAUAAUAGAUUACAAAAAUACUACUAGACAAGGCGGAAUGACUAGUGAAUCGCCGUUGGGUUCUUACAUGAGACUUCCUGGCGAUUCGGGUCGGUUCGAGAUGUCGGAUAUACAGCUAUUCGGGUCGCCCGAUAACGGAUUUUCAAUGAAGUCUUCAGCUUCUUCAACUAGUACUGCCACUAAGAGAAUGGUCCCCGGCGGAUCACCGGCGGCGAGGUGCCACUGGAUUUCUACUCGUGCUUUUACAAGUAAUUUCGCUGUCGCGAAUCAACUAUCUGGGGUGGUCCCUGCAUCAUUUUUCUGUAAUGGAUCAUCUGUCAAUGCUCCUCAUACUAUUAGGAUCAUUGAGUUUAGAUUGGCUAACAGUACCUUAACUGGUGAAGUUCCUGAGAGUAUAAUGAAUCUUGCUUCAUUGGGGAUACUUGACCUUGGUGGGAAUAGGUUUUCUGGUUUGAUUCCACAGUUUUUGGGUAAUUUGACAAGCUUGAGAAUGUUGUCUCUUAGUGGGAGUAAUUUUCAGCAAGUUUGGGGAGUCUUUAUCAGCCAGUUUGGAUUGCAGCAGCUAGUAUCUGGUGUAACGGCACUUGCGAGGUUUUGGCCGCAGGUGCAGAGCCGCAAGUGCGGCUUUGUGGUUGCAGAAGCGCGUUUGGGCAGAGCUGGGAGGAAUCGCUGA